GCGACGCUGAGCUGUAAAAGUAAACAGUACAUGUCUGUACGUCACCAGUUAUCACAACUAACGUCAAGCGGUCUGGCGAUUCGCUUGGAGGUGCAGAACUCUGUUUUCUUAACAGUACUAAUCGGUUUCACGAUUCGCUUGGGGGUACAAGAGCGUUGUUUGCUUAGCAGCAUAUCGUCUUCUUACUUGCUCCGUUUAAGGACAAGUUGAUUUGUUGUUCAUUCAAAGUCAGCAUGGGCAGAACAAAAAUAACGGAAAAUCUACUUCCUGUCUACGACUAUGUUAUAGUUGGAGGGGGUACGGCAGGUUGUGUUUUGGCCAGCCGACUCUCCGAGGACCAAUCACGGACAGUCUUGCUUCUAGAGGCCGGAUAUGACGACACGGAGUUUCCGAAGAUCGCACUUCCUACUGAAGCCCUUGGCUUACAGCUGGGCGUACUUGACUGGGCCUACAAAACCGUUCCACAGCAUCAUGGCUGCAAAGCCUUCAUUGAUCAGCAAAUGCGGACUCCAAGGGGGAAGGCACUAGGGGGUAGUGGCAGUGUGAAUCUGAUGGUGCACUGCCGUGGUACCCCCGAGGACUUUAACCUGUGGGAGAAGAUGGGCUGUGAGGGGUGGGGAUAUGAGGACGUCUUACCUUACUUCGUCAAGUCGGAAGAUUAUACGAGUCCGGAGCUCCUCAAGGGAGGUGUUCACGGUGCAAACGGCCCUAUGAGGGUCACAGAGGUCUGGGUAUCGUCCGCCGGGGACAAAUUCCUCCAGGCAGGAAAAGAGCUGGGGUUCGCCAACACGGACAACAACGGCCGCAGUCCUUACGGCGUGAUGCGUAGCCAGUUGAACAUCUUCGACGGACGCAGAUGGCACACGGCAGAAGCUUACCUGAGACCUGUCAUGCACCGGGAAAAUUUGCAUAUUGCUACCCACUGUCACGUGACGAAGAUUUUAAUCGAUGAUAAAGUCGCUCGGGCGGUUGAGUUUGUACGCAUUCUGACCGGAAGAGAGGUUGUGAGGGCACGCCGGGAGAUAAUCCUGAGUUCCGGUACGAUCGGGUCUGCUCAGAUCCUCAUGCUUUCCGGAAUUGGCCCUAGACAACACCUGAAAGAUCUCGGGAUUGCUGUGGAGGCAGACUUACCGGUGGGCAGUUAUCUGCAGGAUCACGUCCAGGUGCAGGGAAUUGAAUUCGAAUUUGACCGCCAUGUUUUCCGGGGAGGAGCUCCAGAUUCCCCAGAAAAUCAAGCUCGUUAUGAUACCCUGAGAUCAGGCCCCCUGGCGACAAGCUUGAUGGCCGGCAUUGGGUUUUUCAAAACAGGGACACCGUCAGAGAACAACAACAACGCAUCAAUACAAAUGUAUUUCACGUCUUGCUUGCAGGAUCCCGUCUGGGAAAAGAACUCAGGGAUGCGACCAGAAGUAUGGGAGGCCAUGUAUCCAGGUCGGAAAGACGCUGUGGGGCCGGGCAUGACCUUCUGGCCUGUCGUUUGCCAUCCCAAGAGCUUUGGCACAUUGCGCUUGCGCAGUGCAAAUCCCUUCGACUAUCCUCUCGUUGACCCGAACUAUCUCUCGAAUCCAGAUGACGUCAAGACAUUGGUAGAAGGUAUCAAACUUUGUCUGAAGUUGGGGAAUACUGAAGCGUUCCGGCCAUUAGGUGCUCGGUUUAUCAAGCGAGUCCUGCCUGGGUACCAAGGCACCCCCUAUACGGACGAGUACUGGGCGGAGUACGUCAGACACAUGACGCAGGCGGUGUAUCACCCGUGCGGCACGUGCAGAAUGGGAAGAGCAGACGACCCGACCACAGUCACAGACCCCCAGCUGAGGGUGAAGGGCAUCGGUCGUCUUCGCGUGGUGGACGCUUCCAUUAUGCCGGAAGUGACGUCAGGAAACACGAACGCUCCAACCAUCAUGAUCGCCGAGAAGGCAGCAGAUAUGAUCAAAGGCGUCCAAGGGAAGAAACUCUCGCGGCUGUAGUUCCUAUGAAGACUCCCAUUAUAUGCACAUUACAUUCAAACUUAAAUAGCACGAUCCUGCAUUUUAUUGGUCAGAGCAAUUACGCAGAUACUAUCCAGUGAAAUGGACGGUAUAUUUUUUUAUACUGUCAUUGACUUUUCUGUCUAUAGUACGUUAAAACAAAAAGUCUACCUGUGCACGUCUAAAGGAGAAGAAAACAAAAAAAAACGAUACCAAAAUCAAAUGAAAGAAUGUGAAAACUUGUUUUACAAAUACAAUCUUUAUUAAUAUUUUUCGAUUUUUUCUUUCAGAAGAAUAGGGUAUUUGAAGAUAUUUUUGUACGGUUAGAUUACCCGACCAACAUCCUCACAGGCAAACCACCUCACCUUUCCAGGCAGGAUUACCUGACAAAUAUCGUCACGGUCAAAUCACUUCCGCAGUCCGGGGUAAACAUCCUCAAAGUCUAACGACGUCACGUUUC